AUUUUUUACUUAGCCGACAACGUAUCGUGUGUUUGUUUACAAACUAAACCUGGAGUUGGACCCCAUCACCGCGCCGCCAUGGAUCUCCUCGACUCAAUAAUGAGCAAAAUGGACAAGCCACCCACUAUAAAUAACAAACAAAAGAAAAUAUUAAAGGAACAACAAAAAGCAGUUGAGGAAGCAAGAAAUAAGGAAAAAGAAAGACUAAAUCAGUUCAGAAAACAUAUUGAGGAACGCAUCAACCGAUUUAUUCAGAAUGUCACACUAAUGAAGAAAAAAUUUGAACCAAUGGACCGAGUGGCAAGGAGUAUAGUGAGAGACGUUGCUGAUGUAGCAGGUCUCACCACAUAUGCCUUUGGCACAGAGGAUGUUGACAGACAUGUGAUGGUAUUCAAGAAAGAGUAUCCACUAACAGAGGAGGAGCUGGAUGCAUACAGGAAUGGGGAGGAAUGGGAUCCAGAGAAAGCUAAGGAGGCAGCAUUACUUAAAGAAAAACAGGAGCAUGAAGAUGAAUUAAGGGCACAGGAACUGAAAAAGAAUCCGGGUUCCAACAAGUUUCUUGAAAAAUAUGAACGGUUGGUUGGGAAAGAAACAGGCAAAGAAGCAGCAAGGAUUCUAGAAGUCAACAAACAGUUUGGCUUUGUUCGUAGUGAACUUAAGAAAGACAAACGAACAAUUGAAGAAACGCUGGCUGACAUCAGGGCAAAGAAGCUCAAGAAAGGUCAUGAGGAAGUGGAGGAAGGCAGUGACAAAACUGAACCUGAAAAUGAAGACUCUGCGUAACGAUUAUUAGUUUUAGUGUGUUGUUACCUCAUUGAAAGGAAUCAGUAUAUAUUAAUAUUUUAUCUCUUAAGUAUUCCAUGAUUUAUCUCUAAGAAUUUUUACUUAAGGAUUUCACAGUUUGAAAGGGAAAAAGAAAAGGCAUGCAGGAAGGAAAGCUACAUUUUCAGUUUCAGUUCAGGGCAUAGGAUUUAGACAUUAGUUUUAAGUGUUGGUAAAAAUACAAUAUGGGUACAAUCAGAAUAGUAUUUUUGCCACUAAUGUUAAUGUGAUAUUUUGUUAAGCUGUAGAAAAGCUUUAUUUAUUGGUAGGUUUAUUUAUAUAAAGUUUCCAGUUAUUUUGAUGUAUUAAAUGUUACAUUAAUGGUGAUCCUAAACUUGUUUCACUGUUUUUAUAAUAAUGUAAUUGAAAACUGAUUGCUCAUGUCAUUUUUAUAGAUUGAGGAAAAGAUUAAUGAGACUUGCAGAUCAUAAUGUACAGUCGGUGCCAAAAAAGAUAACAAAAAUACGUGUGAUUGUGUGUAAUUGUGGGAUCAGAGACCGUGACAUCAUAAAAAUUUCAGAGACAUUACCAAACCACAGGAGUUCUUUCAUUUCAAUUCUGUUUCUGUUAGGCGAGGAUCACAUUCUAUUUCUCAUUUCACAAUGUUCAAGAUCCACUGAGCAACUUCCUUUCCUUGUCCAGGCUUUACUGUAUACUCUGGGAUUGACAUCUUGCCACCAUCUUUGGACCUCUUUACCCACCAGUACACAGGUCUCUCUCAAACUCCAGCAAUACUAAUUGUUUCUGCAAGUGUUUUCCUCCUUUGUACAAGGCAACCACAGAUACUAUUUUGUCACCAGUAAUGGAUGGUUCAGUAGCCACUUUUGGGUGAGAUGGAAAGAUAAGCAGCAGGAACUUGCAGAAAUUAACUCAGGAAUGUGUGUAUGAAUGAAAAUGUCUCAAAUGUCAAAUUUAUACUAAAACUAUUAAUGUGUGUGUGUGUGUGUGUGUGUGUGUGUGUGUGUGUGUGUGUGUGUGUGUGUGUGUGUGUGUGUGUGUGUGUGUGUGUGUGUGUGUACUCAAGGCCACCAUCAGCCUUGAGUUGAAGAUUUUGACAUCUACUUUGGCAUUGACUGUAUAAUAUAUUGACACUUGAAAGUUAUGAAAGAAAUUCAAGUAAACUUUGAUUCACUAAAUAAUACAUAAGACAGUUGCCAGAUAAAUUAUCAGAAGUAGAAUGUACACUAUUGUCACAUUUUUACUGUAAACUCUUAAGAGCUGUACCAAUCUCAACAUUUUUUACAGAUACCAACACUCAUUAUUGAACCAGUACCAGUGGAAAUGCUCUGACACUCUGAAGUGCUUGACACAAAAUCUAAAAUGAUCUAUGUGUGACAGGCUGGAACAGUCCCUCUCAGGGGUUGUCAUUAUCUGCACUCUGUGGUUCUGCUACCAUGUGAUGUACUAUAUGUAUACAAAACAGAAGUCUUCACCAGCACAUGAUUUAAUACAGCCACAAUCACAGCCAUCAUUAUAUGAAGUUAUUCAUGUUUUGUCAUAAUCAUCACACAAUCAACACUUGCAUUCAUUACUACUAGCAUGUCAUAAGAUACACAUUCACAUGGUCACAUCACAGUCAUUACAUCAUACUACUGACUUCAUACAGUCAUACCUCUACACUCACAAGCAACACCACACUAUUUUUUGUAUAAUCACAUGUCUGUAAACACCACCACAUUGCUCCAAAUAUAUUUUGAAGUCUGUCACUAUUGUGAAGUACAGUAAUCUAAGUUGUGACCUGAUCCUGUUUUUAUUCCAUAUUCCUUUUCUUUCCCUUUGUUUUAGACAUUGUAAUAUGCAAUUCAGUGUGUUAUUUCUACAGGUUUGAUCUUAUCCCUCCAAAGUUAAGCUGCAUCACUUCCAUGCAGCUGAUGUUACACUUGACCUUGUUUACAGGAAUGCCAGAUAACAUUUCAAAGAAAAACAAUUCUAAUGCAGUAUGUACCAAACCAGGAAGACAGUGGUUCAGGCAGUAAUGCCUACAUUAUAGCAAAUCCCAACUUACUAUCAGAAUUUUUCUCAGAUGACUAUUUGGUUCUAGGUUCACCCAACCUAAAAUGGGUACCAGGCACCAAUGACUGGGAAGACUAAAGGCAGUGGAAAAGGGAAGUGGCCAUCUUACUCCAUAUGCUGAUGUUCUGGAUUAGGUAGUGCUACCAUUCCUAUUGCCUGUGUUCCAUGAGUAUGACAUGCUGACAUUAUAUACCAUGUCAGCAUCUGUAAGGCAGAGUAGCUAAGAUGACAGUAAAAGAAAAGGAUGAAAUGAAUAAUGUAGAUAGGAAGGAAUAGAGACUUUUCUUUGAGGAAGGUUCAAGGAAGAGGCAGUCAAAAUAUAUAGUUGAUAAACAUAGUCUAAGAAGUGUGAUUGUAAUGAUGGAGUUACAUAUUUCAUAGAUGUGCAGUUCCAGUGUUUUUAAAUUCAGAUUUAGUUUAAUAUCUUCAUAAUUAAGAUUUUUCUUCUUGAUAGAAAGAUCUGUCUUUUAAUGAUAUACAACACAAGCAUAUUACUCAUUUGAAUUAUCCUACCUAGCAUCCCACCAAUAUCCACAAAUGUACCUGUUCUUGCUACAAAAGUACUGUAGGCUUCCACAAGCAGCACAGUUCAUAGAUAACAUACCAUACAAGAAUGCCCUCAGCACAUGGAACCAUCAGACCUCACUAUCUCAAAGAUGAAUACUAGUGUUAUCAAGUACAUACAAUGAAUACAAAACUUGUUCAACUUGUUAAUAGAAUAAAAAGUAUAAG